AAUUCCGACAUAGCAGUCAAAAUGUAAACAAAUUUAUUGAGAUUUCUGAUUCAAUAUAUCAUCAAGGACGUAGACUUUUGAAUUGCAAGAAGAUGUCAGAUGAAGUACACACGGAUCAUAAUUACAGAUCAGAACACAAGAGCUUGCUGUUCGGAUUGAAGACAGUGACCGAGGGACUGCUGUCUGGACAGAGCAGUAAUGUCUGGAACAUCCACGGAGGCCUCAACAGGAUGUGUGCUCAACUGGAGCAUAUCAUGUACCACGGUCUGAAGAGCAUUAAGGGAGACUUGGGCAUACAGCUUGACUUCUGGCCAAUUGUGUACAGUCUGAAGACAUUGAACCCUGUCCUGGCCCCCGCACUGGACAAGGUCAAUAGAUCAGGAGGAAACAAGGGAACCACCUGGCUUAGAGAGAGCUUAAGGGACCACACCCUAUCCUCCCAGUUAUCUACCCUUGUGUCCAACAAGGCACUGAUGAGCAAGUUUUACUUCGAGUUUGCUUUCCUUAAUGAUGAGCAGUACUUCAAGGCUUUGUGUGUCUGUCUUAAAGCCAUUGAGCUCAAUAGAAUUUCCAUGUUAGCUGAGCUGGAUCUAAAAUUGCUAAGUCACGACCACCAUGAUAUCAAGGGAACCAGAAGUAGAUCCUGGGCUGUACCAGAAAGAAAGCAUCGUAACUCAGUUGGUGAUAGGAAGUCAAGUUCCCAUGAUGCUAUGGCACUUGCACCACCUUUUGCAUCUCCAAAACAGGAGAGCAUCUUAUGCAUGUCUGAUGAGCAUGCUGUUCCCUCCUCCAUAAGAGAAAGCACAAGUCCAGAAGAAACCAAGACCUUGGCGCGGGAAUCUUUAAGGACAGUUCUACGUAAAUCUGGUUCCGAGUCUCCAACAAGGGAUGCUCCAGAUUUUAGUUUCUAUGACAAUUUAAAUAGUGAUCCUCUCCUAAAUAUAGAAUUCAGUGAUGAAAUGAACCAUAGGGAUCCCUCCUUAAAGGAAGUGGUGUCCACUCCACAGCUGGUCAAUCAUAAGUCCAAAAAGGUCAUUGUCAGGAGCCAGUCAGAUAUGGGAAUUUCCAAAACCUCGGCUGUGAUUAAAAAUAUAUACAAAGAUAAUGAGGACUUUAGCCACGAAACACCGGCGUCUGUGAGUAGACUUGAAGACAUUUUCUCAGACUCUGAAUGUCCUCCAAAGGGAGAAGAAAAGGAAAAGGCCAAAGUGAAAGCAAAAGGACAUAAGAGGUCAAGGUCAGAUCAAGGAGGGGUCAAGGUGGAGAAAAUGACACAAAAGGAGAAUAAGGUUUCAGCAGAAGGAAAAGGAGUAGUAAUAUAUGAAAAUAAAGAUGUACCAGGGGAGGGAACAUUUAAACAACCGCUACAGGGACAGUCCCUCAUUAAUUACCUGUCCUCCCAGGAUUUCCACACCUGUGCCAAUCUAGACAAGGAGAAUGCCCAUUUUAGUAUUUCUGAGGCCUUAAUAGCAGCCAUUGAGCAGAUGAAGUGGAACCAUGUGAUAAGUCCCAAAAUACGCGAGGAUGUGGAUGAAGAGGAUUCAGACGAGGAAAUCAACAAACUAAAACAACGAAUCCGGAUCAGAAAGCAACAAAAACUAAGGGAGAGAGCCAAAUUUUUCCCUACAUCAAGUGAUGGACUGACUGAAACUGCUACUACUAGCAAGAGUCCUUCAUCAGUUUUAAGUUCAUCCUUCCAAAAUAAUACAGACAGCAGUGAUUCUGAAGCUGGGGUGGAAGAAAUUGAGUUUACAAUUUCAGAUAAUGAACAAGAAAAUGAGGAAAAUUUGAGUUUACUCAAAUCCAAAGGGCUUUCAUUAUCCCUGGCUUCACUAUACUCAGAUGCUGAUUUACAAAAGGUUAAACCUGACAGACAAAGUUCUAUGGAGGUUUCAGACCAGUCUGGAGUAUCAGCAGAAUCUGUGGCCAUUCUUCUACUGAAGAAAUUCUCAGAAAAGCAGCUUCCCAAGGCAUCUGAUUUAGAGUGGCUUGUUCCAAUUUCUGAGGCACCGCAGGAGUUACUUCCCUUGCCAAAGUCUUAUCCAAUAUCCCCUGAUGAUGGGGAAAGUGAAAUGGAAGGAUUUACAAACUCUGUGAUUGGGGCAUUGAGAUUGAGGGGAAACAAUGAAUGGGCCCCUCCCCGAUCUCAGAUAAUUUUUGACAUUCAUCCAUAUCAGAAGAGAGGGGAUGUAAUGGAAAAACAGAAUUUCCGGUGUGCUGGAUGUGGAACCAGAGUUGAACCAGCCUAUAUGAAGAGAUUCCGAUACUGUGUAUAUCUUGGGAAAUAUUUCUGUCAGUGUUGUCACACAAACAAAGUCAAUUACAUUCCUGGACAUAUAAUUAGGAAAUGGGAUUUCAAGCAAUAUCCGGUGUCUGAUUUUUCUUGGCGCCUACUCUCAAGGAUUUUUAACGAACCUUAUUUUAAUUUAUUGACAAUUAAUCCAUCAUUGUUCAAAAAAGUGAAGAUACUGGAUACUAUUCACGCUUUACGACUACAACUUAUGUACCUGUGUAAAUUCCUUGCAAUUUGUAAAUAUUCGGAAAGUAUUAUUAGCAAGAUAAAGACAGAGCCUUCCCAUUGGCAUGAGGAUGUUGAUGUGUAUUCUAUCUGUGAUCUUGUCAAUAUAAAAAAUAAUUCCAUGUGUACAAAGCUCAGGGAUUUGGUGACAGAAGCCACAGAUCACAUAGAGGAAUGCACGUUCUGCCAGGGAUUUGGAUAUAUUUGUGAGCUCUGUAGAGAUGAAAAUGAUGUCAUCUUUCCAUUCCAGCUGCAUACAGUCACUGUUUGUAAAGACUGUUCAUCUUGUUUUCACAAGUCGUGUUAUAUAGAAGGAAAAUGUCCAAAGUGUUCAAGGCUUGAAGCAAGAAGAAGACAGCUACAAGAAACUAAAGCCCUAGAUUCAUCAGAUGAAAGUGACACCUGAACUUACAGAGUAGAUUGGUCAUGAAGUUGUGCAAUGAUUGUGAUAUUAUUUAUUGACUAUAGACUUUAUUAUUCACUGAUCGAAACCCUUCAUGUUCUGUAAGGCUUUUAAAUAGAUGCUUUAAGUAAAAUGUUCUUCAAAAUUAUACAGAGAUAGUCAUGUAUGAUCUUAAAUACAUGUAUGUCUGCAUAAAAUGUGUAAUAAUGUGCUAGCUAAAUCAUGAAUAGUUUAAUGGCUAUGAAAAUUUAAGAUACAGCUCCAAUUCCAAGAUGAAUUAUUCAUGUCAUUGGAGUUUUAUAUAAAACUGUUCAGCAUUGCACAUUUUGCUUAAGAAAGAAAUAAAAUCAAAUUUCCAUGCUACUUUAA